AAAGCUCUUGCUCUUUCCAUGGGAAAGAAUCCAGAAGAUGCAACAGGAGGAGAGGAAGUGAUGAUGGAGCGAGUGACCGACAAGGUGAACAAGGAAUUGCUCGAGCAGCUCGUCGAGAUGGGUUUCUCCGACAUCAGGGCAGAACGGGCACUGUGGACGACUGGAAGCAAAAGCCUUGAAGAGGCUGUCACAUGGCUCGCUGAACACAGCGAAGACAAGGAGAUCGAUGAACCUCUUCUUGUCCCGGCUGGCGCAAAGCCAAAGCUGAGCAAAGAAGAGCAAAAGCAGUUGUUGGAAGAGCGACUCGCAAAGAUAAGAAAGGACAAGGAAAGACAACAGAAGGAAUUGGAGAAGCAGCAGGAGAUGGCUCGCAUUGCAUCCUCCAAGGAGAUGAACGAGGCAAGGCGCCUGCAGAAGGAACAAGAAGAGAAGAUCGCGUUGGAAAAGGCUCGGCGUGAGAAAGAGCGUGAAGCGAGGGAUCGGGCGCGUGUCAAGGCGGAGCUAGAGAAGGACCGCAUGGAGCGAUUGGCUGCUCGGGGGAUCCGGCCAGAGCAGAAGGACGAAGUUGUCAAGACCGCUGCCGACCCGUACAAAGAGCGAAAACUUGAACUGAGCACAAAACUCCGAGAUCUCAUUGCAACGUAUCGCAACGACCCGACAUCUCCAAAUCCUGGAACGAAAGCUCUCGAGACAGCGUGUAAAUAUGUGGAGAACGUCGUCAAUAACCCCAACGAAGACAAGUAUCGCAGCAUCAAUAUUGAGAAUGCCGCGUUUCAGCGUCUGGUGGGAUCAAAGGAGGGAGGGUUGUCGAUGAUGAAGGCCAUUGGCUUUGAAGAGGUUGACGGCAGACUCUCGCUUGCUGCUGUCGACAUGGAGUGGCUCAAGCAGGCUCUGGUGGAGGUGCAGCUUGCGGUGAAACGUGGACCCUUCUACUAAAUUAUCCAACAAAUUGCUACUGAACCGUUGUUGAUGAAUGAAGAAUCACGGUUCCC